UUGACAGUUAGCUAGAGUAGAUCAUCGGGGAGCGUUCUACGCAACAUUCAAAACUGAGAAAAUCUCCAGAAAAUUUAGAAAUGAGUGACUCGGAGGCAUUACUGUCAAAUGACUUUUCCGGAAGUUCUUAUGACUCAAAUGUCUCAUCGAAACCUGAGCUAAGGAUUAUUCUGGUAGGGAAGACUGGAACAGGCAAGAGUGCAACAGGAAACACAAUUUUGGGACAGAAAAGGUUUCAUUCAGAAGCUUCACCUGAAGAAGUUACAACAAGGUGCAGCAGAGAAUCUGUAGAGCAAGGAGGAAGAAUAAUCUCUGUAAUUGACAUGCCAGGGUUUUCCGGAUCGCUGACUAAAGAAGAAAUGAAGACACAUAUAGAGCAGUGUGUUGAGCUGUGUGUUCCUGGUCCUCAUGUGUUUUUGCUGGUGAUCAAUCUGGAUGCGAGAUUCACACGGGAGGAGGUAAACACGGUGAAACUCAUUCAAGAAAACUUUGGAGAAAAUGCUGCGCGCUUUAUUAUUGUUCUGUUCACUCGCUCAGAUCAGCUGGAAAAUAAAACUUUGCAAAGCUUUGUAGGGGAAAGCCUGAACUUAAGGAAACUUACUGACAGCUGUGGUGGCAGAUAUCAUGCGUUCAACAAUAAAGACAUGAGGAACCGUUCUCAGGUCACAACGCUGCUGGAGAAGAUUGACAGCAUGAUCCAGGAAAAUGGAGGAACCCAUUACACCAAUGACAUGUUUGAAAAAGCUCAGAAAAAGAUUAAAAUAAAAGAGAUGAAGAAAAAGGCAUUAGACGUUGCUUUAGGAGUUGGAUCAGUCAUAGGAACAGGAACAGCAAUAGCAGGAGGUAUCGUCCUGGGAGUAACCGAGGUUGUGGUUUUACCUGCAGUUUUAAUUGGAGCAGGGGCAGUAUUUGCAGCAGGAAUGGGUACAUCACUUGCUGUGAAAAAAGUCAAGGAAAAGAGAGAAAAAAACAAUUAGACUAAAAAUAGGAACCUCUUCAAUUUUUCAAUAUGUAAAUACCCAGAUCUGCUUUACUUUCAGCUGUUGUUAAACAGGUGUUUUUGUUGCUUAAA